GGUUUAGCUGAAAAACAGAAGAAGAAGAUAAGAAGAAGAAGAAGUGAUAUAACCAUAACCAAAUUGUUCAUGAUUUUCAGAUUUCUCUCCACAUCAUAAUCAUAUUUUUUUAUAUAAAUAUAUUGAUAUCAUGAGUACAAAGACUAAACAAAUUGAGAAAAAUGGUACAUCAAAAUUAUCUUUACCGUCAGUUUGGUCUAGGGCAUUCAAAUCAAAUUCCGAAUGGCCAGAUAAGGAAGAAUUCUUAGAUGUUAUUUAUUGGGCACGACAAGCUCUAGGUAUUAUACUGGGAAUUUUUUGGGGACUGGUACCAUUAAAGGGUUUUAUAGGACUGCUAUUAUUUGUUUUGAUAAAUGCUGGAUUACUAUACAUUUACUUCACUAGUUUUCAAAAUAUAGAUGAGGAUGAAUUUGGUGGUGUCUGGGAGCUGACAAAGGAGGGUUUUAUGACUUCUUUUGCUGGAUUCUUGGUCACCUGGAUAAUAAUAUACUCUGGUUUAUAUCAUGAAAUUGAUAAAUUUUAAACUAGAACAGUGCCAAGACCAAAUACUGUUGUACCUUACAGUAUAUUAGUUUUAUUUAUUUAAUUUCCAUGAAUAUUAUAUUUUCCAUAUCUGUAUAUAUAUGUUCACCAACAAGAAACAUUUUGAUCAUAAUUCUCUUCUCCAACUCUGUUGUAUUUCAUCAAAUGUACACAAAGUGUAGUUAGGAGGAGUUUUAUAAGAUGAUAUUCUCAAAUAUUGUACUGAUUGUACACAGUACAUUGAACCAAAUUGAGGUACACACACAUUUUUUGUCAUUCCUAUUUGUUAAAAUAAAACCACUGUUGAAAAUAAUGAAUACUUUCAUUCAAAGUAUAAAUAAGAUUACACAAAAUGGAAGCAUUUUGAUAUAGGUGUAAAAAAGUUGUAUAAUACAAUACAAUAAACACAAAUAGGGAAAAAUAAAAUUUUUGUUCAAAUAUACCAUUACAAAAUUGACAUUAAAAAAAUAAUAGUUAUUUACAUUUUUUCUUCUUCCAUGACUGUAGGAAUCAUUAAGUUGGGGAAUGAAACACAUUAAAAUCAAAUUAUCACAAAAAAUCUUACAUUUAAGUUUUUCCUAGACUUCAUUUUUUGUCAUAACUAAUACUAUUUAUAACUGUAAUAUUCUAAAUCCAUAUAAUAAUAAAUAAUAUGGCAAAAUUGGAAUGAAACUACUUGUGAUUAGAAAAUAUUGGAAGAAUUUAAAUAUGUAUAUCAAUAUAUCCUGGAAGUCUGGAAAUAUGUGGAUUUCAGAAGGAAAUCUGAAAAAUUCGAAUCACAAUCUGACUGUUCCAUACAAAAAAAGAUAGAAUUUUCAACUUUCAAUUGUUGAAGAACUUCAAACAUUGAAUUAUUCAUUUUAUUCACAAAUCACACCUAACUUAAAGGUGAAUAGCUAUAGCAGUAGACCUGAAUAGAAAGAGUCUGCAAUCAUUUAGGAUAAUCUUUUAGUUUGAAAGUAAAUCAAUACACAGGGUGAUCCUGAUUUUCAAACAACGAAUUUGAGAGGUAUAGAACAGUGUAUAUACUACAACUCGACCUAGAAUUUUGUCUACUCGUCCAAAAAAACAGUAUUUUCUGGACUUGUUACAUAAAUUACUAUUUCCCCACAUGUUAGGUAAACUACUAUUGAAUUUUCCAAGACGUGACAUGAAUUUUUUUUCAAACUAUCCAUUUAAGUUUUGACACCUCAUUUUGAGAGUUACUAUAUCACCUCUCAAAAUCAAUGUAUAAAAAUCUGGAUCAUCCAAAGAAAUGACUGGCACCAUUAAUUAUUAUUGUAAAUUCCAUUUGAUAAUAGAAAAUAUUCACCACCUAUGAAGAAGCUUACAAUCUAACAUCUGUGUCAACUCGAAUUUAAGGUGUGCAUAAAUCUCAGUAGUAUAAUAGAGUCGAAUUUUGUUAAUAUAUGUGAUUCUAAAAAAUAAUUUUGUUCCUAUAUAAAAAUGUGGCAGACCAGAAUGUUCAAUACUUACUAAUUAAAAAAUCUUACUUUUUUGUUUGAAAAUAGAUGCCUACUUUGAAAGCCAAGGUAACAAAAAUACAACAAGAAUAAGAUACUCAAUCUAAUGAGAUCAUUCCUAGAAAAAGUACCUGUUUUCCUUAACUGAGUAUUAUCAUCUACUAAUGUGUGCAUCCUCAGUUUCCCUACAAUUAUAAUUGCUGUCCCUUCUCUCAACGUUGUUCAUAGUGUUCCCCUGUUUAUUAGUCCC